AUGGACCAAGUACUGGGCUUGAGAUUGCACGACCGGUCGACCGACCCGAACGCUUCCCAAUGCGACUUCUCCGUCUUGCGCUGCAGAGACCGGGCUGAGUGCCCUCAGGGACCUUUGGGGAGCUGCUCCGAAGGGAGAGAGGGGCAGGCGUGUAACAACUGCGAGCCGGGCUACUACUCCCGAGGCUCAACGUGUGAACGUUGUCGUGAGGGGGAUGCUCUUCCGGUCAUCUUGCUCUUGAUUAUGCUGCUUGCCCUCCUCGCCUUCGUGAGUAACUCCAAUUGGGAUCCAAGUCAAGUGAGUCUGAAUACCGUAACGGCGGCCUCACUGACCAGCCAGCUGCUCAUGGCCAUCCAAUCCCUGGGUUCGAUCCGCGAGCUGUCCAUCAACUGGCAGGAGCCAGUGGCGACUCUUAUCAACCUCACGAAGCUGGUGAUGUUCGACUUCCAUUUCAUCCGCACUUCUUGCUUCUUCGGCACCGACAAUCCCGUACUCUAUUUUGUCGGCCGAUUGCUUACAUGCCCGGUGGCUUGUGCUCUGCUACUGUGUGCUUGGGUCCUGCAGAAGAUGCUCGGACGUCACAAGCCAUUCAACACGGUGUUGAAUCAGUGUGGAGUGAUGAUCUUUGCCUUCUUCCUGUCCAUCACCCGCGCGACCCUGAUUCCAUUUCAGUGUGUCGAGAACCCAAAUGGAACUAGCUCAAUGAUGCUGCACCCGGGCAUCAUUUGCUACCAAUCGGAGGAGCAUGCCCUCUUUGCUGCACUUUCUGUGGUAGGAGUUGUGACUCAGCCCUUGGCUAUCCUGGUGUUGGCCACCUACGUCAUCUUCACGUAUCCAUCGCGUGUAGCCGGUGGCAAGGGGCUUCGCUUCUCCACGCGAUACCGUUUCCUUCUUCACAGGUUCAAGCCUUCGUCCUACUACUACGGCUUGGUCCUCCUCUACCGCAAUGCUAUCAUCGCUCUUCUGCCUACGGUUCUGGUCGGCGUGCCGGAAGUUCAAGUACCGUUAAUGGGCAUCAUGUUGCUGGCUGUCCAGAACCUGUCCUUGCAAACUGCGCCAUGGCGAACACAAAUGGCCAAUCGCGUCGACAUGCUGUUGACGGACCUUCUUCUCGUCACUCUGCUCAGUGCCGGUCCUCUGCUGCUACUGGACGAGGCUUCGUCCACGGCCGUGCUCGGUUGGCUUCUUUGUGUGCCCAUCCUGUCGAUCUUGCUUGUGGUUCUUCUUGGCUUCCUGAGACUCGCGGUGAAGGCCAUCAGGCAGAAGAGGGAGAAGCUCUACGACAUCUUCCUAUGUCACCACAAGGCAGGGGGUGGGAGCUUGAGCCGCUUGAUGAAGCUCGUGAUUCUGCAGCACUCUUCCGCCCGGGUGUUCUUGGACAGCGACCAGCUUCAGAACCUCGACUUGUUGUUUGACAUCAUCCGGACAUCGACAAAGAACGUGGUCGUGGUGCUCACCGGAGAGCUGCUGUCUAGAAGCUGGUGUGCGGGAGAGAUCGUAACCGCCUGGAAGAAUGACAUUCACACGGUGCCCUUGCUCUGCGAAGGUUUCGAAAGGCUGUCUGACGAGGCACAGAAGCAGAUCCCUUCACUUUGGACGCCUCACCAAGUUGCACAAUUGGCAAGCUACGGGAUCCAGCUUGAUGAUGUGAACUUGGCUUAUUCAUGGCUGCAGCAUGAGCUAACUCCUCUCCAAAUGGCCCGCUUUGGUCCAGUUUGUGGCAGGGAAAAGGUGGUCGUGGAGCUUAUGAACGUCUGUGGAUUGUCGUCUCGUCGAACGACGAGCAAGACGGCCGGACAUGUCUCACGACCCCGGAUUCUCAUUUUGAGCUCCUAUAUGGAGGCAGAGUAUUUGUCCGCUUGCGAGGUCUUUCAAAUUCUUCUACAAGCACACCUCCAUGUCGAGUGCGAGGUUGUGCACGAUUUUCAGCAGAUUGCCACAUGCAAGCCUUUUGCCUACUACCUCAUUGCCUUGCUUUUCCGUGGCAUCCUCCGGGACGAAGAUUUCAUCAAGCUUCUCCUGUAUGCUACUCAGACUUGUACCUCGUCAAAACGGGCCUUGGAAUUGGUGCCAGUGGUUGCCGACUCCAACUUCGAAGUUCCAAACGUCGAUAGUAUGAAGAAGAAGUUCGGCUGCCGUGCUCCUCCUGGUGGGCCGGCACACCAGGAUCAGGUUUUUCGAAACUUGUGCACAGUGCUGGCCUUGCCAUUCACACCUCUAGCAUCAGAAGGUCUGCAAGAGAGGCAGGUGGCGGAGAUCGCAUCGCGAAUCCACCGAUAUCAGGAUCCAGUCACGGCUGCUCCAAAAGACGAGAACGAAGAUCAGCUCCUGCGUCGAGGCAGUUUCCAGCCAGCCCUUGAGAAUCUCCAUGCACAGGAAUCAUUGGUGGCUGAUGUCACGGACGAUCGCAGCCAGACUUCGGAUGAUGAGAGGUCUACUGGCACACCACGGUCCGAAGAAGCGAACAACAUGGUGGAAUUUGUUUUCUAA